UCUGUCCCACCCCUUGCGAAAUUCAAUGUUAUUGUGAAGCCAGAGCUCAACAUGGGAGGACGCGGCAAAGCACUAAACUUGCUAAAACACAUUUCUUCGGCAACAUGCCAAUGUCCUGCCCAUUCUGGUGGCUGGUCGCAGAUGGCCCACUCCACAAAGGCAACCAAAACAACUGAUUAUGCCUUUGAGAUGGCCUGCUCCACAGUGCGCUAUGGCCCAGGAGUGACUAAGGAAAUAGGCCAGGACUUGGAAGCAAUGGGUGCUAAGCGAGUUCUAAUCAUGACCGACAAGACCCUGGCCCAGAUGUCCCCUGUUGGAGUUGUUGUCAACUCUCUUACAAAAUAUAAUGUUAACUUUUCUGUUUUUGAUGAUGUAAGAAUUGAGCCCACGGAUGUGAGUUUUAAAGAGGCCAUCAAUUUUGCAAAGGAAGGAGAAUUUGAUGCUUAUGUGGCAGUGGGAGGGGGAUCUGUUAUGGACACAUGCAAGGCGGCCAAUCUCUAUGCAUCAGACCCAGAAGCAGACUUCCUGGACUAUGUGAAUCCCCCCAUUGGCAAGGGCAAGCCGGUCACAGCUAAGCUUUCACCACUCAUUGCAGUGCCUACGACGGCUGGCACAGGCAGUGAGACGACAGGAGUGGCUAUCUUUGACUAUGAGCCACUGAAGGCCAAGACAGGCAUUGCCAAUCGUGCCCUUAGGCCAACUCUGGGCAUAAUCGACCCUCUCCACACACUCCUCAUGCCCGAGAGAGUAGCUGCCUAUAGUGGGUUUGAUGUUUUAUGCCAUGCCCUGGAGUCAUACACUGCCAUUCCUUACCAUGACCGCUCACCUUGCCCAGAGAACCCUCUGCAGCGCCCGGCAUACCAAGGCUCAAACCCCAUUUCUGAUGUGUGGUCUAUUCACGCUCUUGGAGUUCUUGCAAAGUACUUUAAAAGGUCCGUGUACAAUGCUGAUGAUGUAGAAGCCCGAUCUAAGAUGCACUUGGCAAGCACUUUCGCUGGUGUUGGGUUUGGCAAUGCUGGAGUUCACCUGUGCCAUGGCAUGUCUUAUCCUAUUGCUGGAAAUGUGAGGAAUUUCUUGCCCAGUGAUUACGAAUGUGACCACCCCAUUAUACCUCAUGGGCUGUCAGUGGUAAUGACGGCUCCGGCUGUCUUCCAGUUUACUGCCUCCAUGUGCCCAGAGCGACACAUUGAAGCAGCAAAGGUGCUUGGGAAGGAUGUGACCAAUGUUAAAAGGGAAGAUGCAGGUCGUGUUUUGGCUGAUGUUCUCAGAGAGUUCAUGCAUGACAUGAAGGUAGACAAUGGACUGGAAGCUCUUGGGUACACAACGGAUGACAUCCCUGCUUUGGUGAAAGGGACUCUUCCACAGCAUCGAGUGACAAAGCUGGCACCAAGGGAACAGAGCGAGGAAGACCUGGCAGCCCUCUUUGAGAAUUCAAUGAAAGUUUUCUAAGUUGUAGAAAAUAUUUUAAUGUUGUUUAUUGUAAAGUUGAUAACUUGCAUUUUGAGACUACAAAUUAUAUAAUAAAGAUAACGAGUUAUGCAAAUGUUUUUCAAAAUGAUGUUCACAAAUAAAUGUUUAACAAGUA